AUGACGCUGGAGUGGAGCGACUGGAGGUUGAGCGUCAGAGUGGAGCGACUGAAGGGAUUGCAGGUAAAUGAUACUCCCAUUGCUUUAAUUCUUAAGGUAGAGUCUCCCUCACGACCUAUUGAUUUUAAGCCUAUUAGUGUUUGUAAUGUUUUGUACAAAAUUAUUACUAAAACAAUGACUAAUAGAAUGAGAGAAAUCUUGGGUGAUGUUAUAUUUGAGGAGCAGAAUGCUUUCCUACCUGGGCGACUUAUCACUGAUAAUGCAUUACUUGGUUUUGAAUGUAUGAAUGCCUUUAAGAGACACUAUGAAUUCUUUGGUGGGAAUUUAUCCAUCGAACUAGAUAUGGCUAAAGCUUAUGUUGACAUUGAGUGGUCAUUUUUAUGUACUAUUAUGGCUAAAUUGGGGUUCCAUGAUGAUUGGAGAAAUUCAGGGGUCUGUAGUCCUUUAAGAGGAUUGCGCCUGGGCAACCCAAUGGAGCUAAUGUUGGAGGGGGCUCAUUGGCAAAUAGGGAGUGGUGAGAAUGCGUCAGUUUACAUUGACAAGUGGGUGCCUAGGGGAGAUGGGCUUCAAAUUUCUUCUCCUAAGGUAUUUCCUUUGCAUUCUAAUGUUUGUGACUUAAUGAAACCUGAUGGUGGUUGGAACUUCUCGCUUGUUAGGAAAUCUUUCUUGCCUCAUGAAGUCGAAGCAAUUCUUGUUAUUCCUCUUUCAGUGAACAUGCGAAACAAUACCCUUGUUUGGCAUCAUAAUGUGAAUGGAUGGUAUAUUGUAAAAAGUGGGUACUAG